UGUCCACCAUCCCAGGAUGAGAAGAACCAAAUGAUGACUACAAAUGUUUGGCUGAAACAGGAGUGGAAUGACUACAAACUGCAAUGGAACCCACUGGAUUUCGACAACGUCACAUCCAUCCGGGUGCCUUCGGAGAUGAUUUGGAUCCCAGACAUUGUGCUGUAUAACAAUGCCGAUGGGGAGUUUGCCGUGACGCACAUGACGAAGGCGCACCUCUUCUCCAACGGCAGCGUGAAAUGGGUGCCGCCAGCCAUCUACAAGAGCUCCUGCAGCAUCGACGUCACCUUCUUCCCCUUCGACCAACAGAACUGCAAGAUGAAAUUUGGCUCGUGGACCUAUGACAAGGCCAAGAUCGACCUGGAGAGCAUGGAGCACCACGUGGACCUCAAGGACUACUGGGAGAGUGGCGAGUGGGCCAUCAUCAACGCCGUGGGCACCUACAACACCAAGAAGUACGACUGUUGUACCGAGAUCUACCCUGAUAUCACAUACAGCUUCAUCAUCCGCCGAUUGCCGUUGUUCUACACCAUCAACCUCAUCAUUCCUUGCCUCCUCAUUUCCUGCUUGACUGUUCUGGUGUUCUACCUGCCCUCUGACUGUGGCGAGAAGAUCACCCUGUGCAUUUCAGUCCUCCUAUCCCUCACUGUUUUCCUUCUUCUUAUCACUGAGAUCAUCCCCUCAACCUCCUUGGUCAUCCCACUCAUCGGCGAGUAUUUGCUCUUCACCAUGAUCUUUGUCACUCUCUCCAUUGUCAUCACCGUCUUUGUCCUCAACGUCCACCACCGCUCACCCAGCACCCACAAAAUGCCACGAUGGGUCCGUACCAUCUUCCUGGAUUUCAUUCCCCGUUGGCUCUUCAUGAAGCGUCCCCCACUGGUAGCCCCAGGGCUGAAGGUAGCCAGCGAGGAGGUGAUCGGGCAGUAUGACGUGCCUCCGGCGAAUCUUAGCACAUCGCGGUGUUGGUUGGAGACAGACGUCGACGAUAAGUGGGAGGAAGAAGAGGAAGGCGGUGAGGAGAGGAGGCACAGUGGCCGUUUGCCCCUUCAAGACAUUUGCCACAGCCACUGUCUCCAGUACCGCUACACCUGUGCCCGGCACCUGGGAAGGAGCUUUAUGGAACUGAUUCAGCGCCCAACCACCAAAACAGAAAACCUGGCAUCUUCUGAGCCGGGACUUCAGCUGUCUCCAGGGAUCCUGAAGGCCUUGGAAGGGGUGCAUUAUAUUGCAAACCACCUGCGGGCAGAGGAUGCAGAUUUUUCGGUGAAGGAAGAUUGGAAGUAUGUAGCCAUGGUGAUCGACCGCAUCUUCCUAUGGAUGUUUGUCAUCGUCUGUUUGCUGGGGACAAUUGGCCUUUUCCUCCCCCCUUUCCUGGCAGGCAUGAUCUAGAGAUGGUGCAUUUGAGGCCAAGGAAGACUUCUUCAAACCAGCCUCCACAAGCAUAAAGCCACGAUGCAAA